AUGAGGGCUGAGAAUUGGCAAUUCAAGGAAGUUGAUCUUGCAAAGAGGGGCCAUGCGCCGGCGGCGGAGGAGGUGUCGGAGCGCUUGGAGGCGGAGGCUGCUGUAGAGGCACCCCAAGAUGAAGCAGUUGAGGCGGCCGACGAGCCUCCGCCCGACCCCACAACAGAGGCCGAGGCGCCAGAGACCCGUCCCAGCACCAGUUCCUCGGAGCCUCCGGAAAGCGUGGAUGCAGGUCCCCAAGGAGUUGAGCGAGAGGCUGAGAUAGACACGGCUGCCUUGGCAGCUGCCGAAAAGCGAGGAGAUGCCGCGCCGCUUCCGGCACAGCUACGCCAAGGCGCCCGGGCUGUGGCGUGCGUGGCACAGCUGAGUGGUGCGAUCACCACGGAGCUCAUCGCCCAAGCCGGGUUCGAACUCAUCAUCGUUGACCACGAGAAUGGCCCGGGCGACUUCUUCUCGGCGGCGAAUCUCGUGAGGUCUUCUGUGGGAGCGGGGGCCCACUGCAUCCUCCGGCUACCCUGUGCGGAGCACACGCAGGUUUACCGGGCUCUUGAUGCCGGAGCCGAAGGUCUCCUGCUGCCUCAGGUGCAAAGCCGCGGAGAGGCCGAGGCCUUCGGGGCCCUGGUCCGAAAAGUCAGCGAGCGGACACGAGACGACGAAUAUCUUGAAUGGCGAAGCUCUCCACUGCCGCCCCCAGAAGCUGCUGGGGGGGAUGAAGAUUCGAUCCCAGUACCCCGGCCAUUGGUUGCAGUGGAGAUGGAUCCCAGUUGUACAAUCGAUGUGGCCGAGGAGCUGUUGAAGGCCGAAGGGGUGGAUCUGGUCUUCGUAGAUCCAGAUCGCUGCCUGGAGUCCAUCCUAGCGGAGUACCGCGUGAACACCCCGGCACCCGAGGACGCAACCUCGUCGCAAGGCUUCCCACCGCGUGUGCCGCUUGCGUCUGGCAACGCGGAGAGCCCUCGUGCGAAGGAGCCCGAUGCGCCGGGAAACACCCUCCGUUCUGCCACUCCGCCUCCCGGCCCACCGCCGACGACGACCCGACGCUCCCAGGCCUCUCUUAAGGCCCCCUUGCUCUCGGCUCGGCUGCGCGCCGCGGCGGGCGGUGCUGCCGCGCUGCCGGUGGCUGCCGCCGAGGCCAUGCAGAACUUCUGGUCUGGCUUUGACGCGCUCCCCAGCCGCGCCGCCGAGCGGCGGAAACUCGUUGGCUGCAGCGCCGGGCCCACGGCCGCACGGCGCCCUUCGAUCUCCUCGUCCAAGGCCACAGCGUGGUGGCGCUAUGUGCCGAUUUGGCCGGCGACUGCACUUCUCCGCGAGGGGGCCUAUCGCCACGUGACGGAGAUGAAGAGUGAGAGGCAUCACGGCGCUCAGCAGCGACAUUGGGCUGCACCCUUGGAGUCGGCAAGGGCCAGGCUGGCCACCAGUGCCCUGGUUAGCCAGCUCAGGAGGCAGAAGAAGGCCGUGGCUGCUUUCCUCCACCUGGGCGAUGCCCUGGCGGCUGAGGCCGUGGCCAAUGCCGGCUUUGAGGCCCUGGUGCUGGACCACGAGCAGGGACCCGGGGAUCUGCUCAACGCAGUGGGCCUGGUUCAUGCCGCGGCCAGUGCUGGGACUCACCCUUUGCUCAGAGUUCCCAGCGACGAUCCGGGAUACCUUCGCCGGGCGUUGCAGCUGGGCUUCGAGGGGCUGAUCCUGCCCAUGACGGAGACGGCGGAACAGGCAGCCCAGUUUGUGGCGAUGGCGCGCAGAUCCUUCCCUGCCAUGUCUUCGCUGAGAGGCUCAGGUGGUCCGGGUGCCGCAGCAGUGCGCAGCGCGGCACCCGUGGCAAGCCAAUUCCUGCGUCGCCGCGGCGAAGAUCUGCUGAUGAAAGCCGUCCAGGUCGAAACUGAGACGGGGUUGGCGAAUGUGCGCGACAUCGCCAAAGUGGAAGGACUCGACAUGGUCUUCUUCGCCCCGGUAGAGUUGGCAGCUUCGGCCCCUAGGGGCCAGGAGGCCGGGCUUCUCCUGGCUCUGGAGACGGCUGAGGCCGAAGUCAAGAGGGCCAAGAAACUUCUGGGAGGCAUGCUAGUUCCUGGCCGGUCUGCGGAGAUGAUGUUCGCCGCCGGUUACGACUUGGUUUGCACCACCAGCGAUGUGAUCUUGGUCCGUGCCGCCGCGGAGAACAUCGUUCGAGAGGCAAAACCCCCGGCAACCGGGCCCAAAGGCGGCCUGGUGCGCUUCGUGACUUCGUGCCGAGAGGCCAAGUUCGCAAGGAACGACGAGACGCUGGUGGCGAGGCUGAAGAAGUCCAGACAGGCUCGGGCUUUAGGCGCCCUCGUGCGCUUGGGCUCCGCAGCGGCUGCGGAGCUCGUGGCUGCCUCCGGCUUCGAGGUCGUGGUGCUAGAUCAUGCCCGUGGCGCAGAAGAUUUGCUGGGAGCAGUGGCCCUUGUCCAUGCGGCGGCGCGUGCGGGCGCGCACUCGCUGAUGCGCGUGCCAGCAUUGAGCCAGGCGCACCUGCGGAGAGCGCUGCAGGUCGGCGUGGAAGGGAUCAUCCUUCCCGGCGUCGAGUCAGCAGAGGAGGCACAUGCUUUGGUGGAGUUGUGCCUCUACCCUUCCAGGAAUCUUCGAGAGGACAGCCACGCGUCCGAGGCGCGCUUGAAGAAUCAGCCUUUCCGCCGGAUGGACUUCAGCUUUGCUCCGCCGCUGGUCGAGUUCUACGGCCAAAGGGUGGCCGAGUUCAGCCGCAGGCAGGGGGAGGCUCUUCUGAUUGCGGCGCAGGUGGACUCGCCCGAGGGCGCCGCUCGGAUCCGCGAGAUCGUGAAGGUGGAGGGGAUUGACAUGAUCUUCGUGGAUGCCAUGCGCCUGUCAGGAGCAGAUGUCGAGCGGAUUGAGACGGCCGCGAAGAAGCAUCACAGGCUGCUUGGGGGCCUUCUUGUACCUGGCUGCCACGUCGAGGACAUGUAUCGCGCAGGCUACAAGCUUGUCUGUGCUGCGAGUGACCACGGUCUGCUUGCGGAAGGCGCGAAGGCCUGCCUGAAGGCCGAGCGACCCGCUGAGUGA